CUAUGUCUCUUGUGUACAGGUGACGGUAAAGACUCUGGAAUUUUACUCAUUGAUGAAAGGACAAAAGCAGUAAUGACUGACCAACCAAGACACGCACAAGAAGCUUUCAAGGAACAGAUUGCCAAAGUCCGUGAGUUUGUUCCUACCCGUAGUAGAGAUGAUAUUGCACUGGUUCUUCAAUGCCAUGAGGGAAAUGUGGAUAAAGCGGUACAGUCAUUCAUGGAAGAUGGAGCCAAAACUGUUUUGAAUGAGUGGCAGUCGCAUGGCAAGAAGUCUGCAAAUAAGAGGAAUAAGAAAAAGAAACGAGGACCUGAUGCGCCAGAUGAGAAAUCAAACGGUGGUGAUGCUGCUGUAGCUAGUAAAACAGGUAAAUAUAAACACGCUAGAGCAAUUCCAUGUAAAGUUGCCUAAGCAGACCUGCCAACC